AUUCUUUUGUUUGCCCAACAAGUAAAAUCGCCGUGCACGGACCAAUCAGCAACCACCAAAUCUAAUUUAGAGGAAGGCGUGACCACUGGUUGGUCAGAGGGCAGACUCACGGUUUGGCAGGGGAUCCAUAUAAAGUUACCAACGAAAGACUCACGGUUCUUAAAACAUCCACAGCGCUUUUCCACGAACGACUGGCAAAAAAGGCAGACAAUCUUGUAGAAAAUGGCUGACGACCGGCUGACAGACGAGCGUGCCGAGAAGAGGAAAUGUGACGACUUCGGUUCGCUCUACUUGGAGAGAACCACUGUCCGGCCCCUCGGCGCGGCUGCAGAGAGCCCGGAUGGAGCCUUCAAGAAGCCGAAGCCGAGUGAAGGCGCGGGGCUGGGGCGGGACGCGGCCAACACCCCGCCCAACCCCGCCAUCCCGCCGACCCCCGCCCGCCGCCGACACCGCACCACCUUCACACAGGAGCAGCUGGCCCAGCUGGAGGAGGCCUUCAGCAAGAGCCACUAUCCAGACAUUUAUGUGCGCGAGGAGCUGGCCAGAGCCACCAAACUGAACGAAGCAAGAAUUCAGGUGUGGUUCCAGAACCGCCGUGCGAAGUACCGUAAGCAGGAGAAGCAGUUGUCCAAGGCGCUGUCGCCAGUCCUGCCGCCCAUGGCCUCCUGUAACAACAUGAUGCGGGGGAUCUACCAGCCGGCCGCCGGCCACAACUCCGCAGUCCGCCCCGGGAGCUACCAGUACCAACACAUGUCCAACACCAUCAACCCUGCCAGCUCGUGUGCAAGGUACCCCCAGAUGCAGAUGGCGAGCUCGGCCUACGCCCCGCCACCCAUGGCACAGUUCUCCAUGCCUCCCACCACCAACAUGGGCAUGCGCGUGGAGCAGCACGACGACGACUGGUAUAACAAAAGCCUGACAGCGGCACUCAGAAUGAAUCCGUCCCACCAUCCCAACCUGUCGGCGCCAGUGCUGCAAUACCAAACGUCUCCAGAGCGGUUCCUUUCUACUCAUAGGGCGUCUCUCUUCGCCUAAACACCAACACAUUCUGACAUUGUAAAGAAGACUCGUUGUUUUCCUCUAGCUUACGUUGUGUUAUCAAAUCAUACAGGAAGGAGAUAGUGUAAAAGAUAAGCUAGAACUUGGGAAAACUACGAUCAUUUUCAAACAUUCUGUAAUAUUCGCUAUCCUUAUCCUUCACUGUGAUAUGACAGAAAUAUCACAUCGGAUACUACUUCUGCAAAAAUGGGAAAGGUUUCGACCGCAAACUGAAAAUUUGGAAGCACGGCAAAUACUCCAUCUUGUUCCUGGCGAAUAUAAAUCCCCGCGAACAUUUUCCAUUGGAAAGUGAAGUGAGGGAUUUUCUAUGCCUAAAACAGAUCCUGAUCAGUGUACUUCAAUGGAUCAUGGAACCGAUAGAUAAGUCACAACCACGUGCAGGAACCAUAGAUGAAAUUCUACACGACUUGAAUGAAAAGACAUUGAAAUCCGGUCAUGUAUAUGAGAAGUGUAUAUGUAGUUAUGUAUACUGCUAGCUGCAGAAAAUUGUUCAAUGAAAUGCGGAUAUUUUUGUAUAGAUGUUUCUGGUUUUGUUCAUUCGUCUUUUCGUGAUGAAACUCGACUCCCAUAGAAAGAGGAAACUAGAGGGACGAGUUUGUGCCAAAUAUAAAUAGUAUUGUGAACACUUGCGACCAAGGUUUAGUCUUUCUCUUUAUUCAAAAUCUGUCAUGAGUGAACUAGUACUUGGAGUGAAACAGUGUGCAUAUGUUAAGUUGCGUUAUACCAUUGACUUGUUUUCUGAUGUGAGAUGGAAAAUUACUUCUCGUUGUGUAAGUGUUGAGAUUUUCUUUAUCUUUACAAGAUAUUUAUGAAGUGUGAACAAUGUUCCUGUGUGUUCGUGUGUCUGCAAAACUUGUAUCGAUGUAAUGGCUCUGCGUUUCUGUAUAUCUUCUGACAAAAAAUGGAAAAAAUGCUAUUUGCGAUUCAACGGACUGAUGCGUUUGUAAGGGAUGCUUGAUCUAUCACUUCAGACUACAAGACACUGCCUUACUGUGUAUAAAAGCUUAGUGCAUAUAAGGAAACACUAGCUGGCUCUAUUAAACUUUUAAGAAUGCCUUGUUGCUGUGUUAACAUUAAUAUAGAUACGACCUUAAGUAUGUAGUUGUCACAACGGUAAUUGCUAUACAGUCACAUAGCUAUGUUGCGUCCAUUCCAAAGAAAACUUCCGUCCUAAAUAAAUUCUAUCUGUGCUGCGAUUGUAGAAAUCUUGACUGCUUUUUCUCAGAAAUAAUAAUAAAGAAGUGACGUGGCCAAUGUGUGUGUGUCAUGGAAUAAAGUGUGUAACA